AUGUUGCCUCAUUGGUUAUCGAAACAUCUGCAACAUCUGAAAUCGGCCUGUCCACUCUCCAAGCCUGAUAAAGCUGUUGCAGAGACAAUGAUGCCUUUGAAAGAAUCCUUCCACGCUCUGCUUCUCCUCCUAACAACUGUAUUCAUCCUGGGGUCCUUUGCCUUUAGCUAUGAGAACUUCCUCAUGAAGCACUAUGACUUCCCAAGAAGCGUUGUUGGAACCCACUAUUGCAAUGCCAUGAUGCAAAGCCGGGGAAUGACCAAGCCCAAAUGCAAGCUAGUCAAUACCUUCAUACAUGACACCAAGACUUAUAUCCUUGAUGUGUGUGGCAGAAAAGGGGUAACUUAUGGGCAUGAGCUGCGCCAUAGCAUAAAGAUAUUUUCAGUCACCACCUGCACUUUGAGAAGUUCUAACCCUCGAGCACCUUGUAUCUACAGAGAAAAUCUUUCUCCCAAAAACAUAGUCAUUGCCUGUCUGGAUGGAAAGCCCGUACACUACGAGGAAGGAGAUUUUGCACUGGUGCAUGAAGAGGAAUCAUCUUAUUAG